CAACCACUGCAGGCUACUGACCAAUAAAGUCUUUGUCGCUACAUGUUGACUGAUAAAGUUAACACGGCCGGCGAGUCCUUUUUCCCAUUUUCUUCUCUCCUCCACAAUACAGAGAGAGAGAGAGAGAGAGAAGCACAGCGUUUUGGGCAACCGAUCAGGAAGACGGUCUUGGUGUUGUGGGUAGACGACUUGCAGGAAAAAAGAACCAAAAAAAAAAAAAAAAAAAAAAAAGCAAACCUAGCUGCAGCAACGUCGUUGGUAGCCAAAGAUUUGCUGCAGGUUAUAAACAUGGCUUCUGCUUCUUCUUCUUCUUCUUCUUCUUCUCGAGAAAAGUAUGAUGUAUUUCUCAGUUUUAGGGGUGAGGACACCCGAGAUGGUUUUACUGGUUAUCUUUAUCAUGCUCUGGAUCUAAAGCAUAUCGUGACCUUCAAAGAUGAUGAGAACCUUGAAAGUGGCCAUAGAAUUUCUGAAAUCAUGGAGGCCAUUAAGGAAUCUAAGAUUUGCAUAAUAGUUUUCUCCAAAGACUUUGCAUCUUCCACAUGGUGUUUGGAUGAAGUGGUUCGCAUACUCGAAUGCAAGAGAAAUGGGAGUGCUGUUGUACCCAUUUUUUAUGGCAUAGAACCAUCUGUUGUACGAAAACAGCAGGAGGGUUAUGCAGAAGCAUUUGCUAAACAUGAACAAGACGGAAGGGAGAUGGUGCAGCAGUGGAGGGAUGCUCUUAAAGAAGUGGCUGGUAUCAGCGGUUAUGAGUCAAACAAGAUUAGGCCUGAGUACAGGUUUAUUGAAAAAAUUGUUGAAGAUGUUUUAUUGAAAUUGUCUAAAUACGUAUCAGCAAAUGAUCAUUUCAAGAGGCACUUGAUUGGAAUUGAAAAGCCUACGAAGGAAAUUGAAGGAUUGUUGUGCAUUGGCUCAAUGAAUGUUCGCAUCAUAUGCCUUUAUGGCAUGGGGGGCAUUGGAAAAACCACCCUUGCACGUGCUAUAUUUCAAACCUUCUAUUGUCAUUUCGAAAGUUGUUGCUUUCUUAACGAUGUUAGAGAAGAAUUUGAAAGACAUGGAAUAAAUCAUUUGAGAGAGAAACUUCUUUUUGAGCUGUUCAAAGAUAAAACUUCUCUAAACAUGGAAUCAAUUGCUAUUCAAGACAGAUGCCGCCGUACAAAGGUCCUUAUUGUUUUAGAUGAUUUGGAUGCAAUAUUACAAUUAAACAGAUUAUUACCUAAAGGGUGUACCUUCGGUGAUGGAAGUAGAAUUAUUGUCACAACCAGAGAUGCCCAAGUGCUCAAGUCAAGGGCAGAUGAACUUUACGAGGUUAAGAGGUUAAAUGACUCUGACGCCCUUACGCUUUUUCGCUUGCAUGCUUUUGGUCAAAAUUCUGAUCUUCCAGGGUAUGAAGCUUUAUCAAAAGGUGCAGCAGAUUAUGCACAUGGCAAUCCAUUAGCUCUUGAAGUCUUGGGUUGUUCCCUUUACUCCAAAAGCAUAAAAGUAUGGGAAAGUGCAUUGGAUAAGUUGAAAACAGAUCCAGACAGGACCAUUCAAAAAGUGUUGAAAAUAAGUUAUGAUGGAUUAGAUGACGAAGCAAUCCAGGGCAUAUUUCUCGACAUUGCAUGCUUCUUCGAUGGUGAAGUUGACAGAGAAUAUGUGGAAAGCAUACUACACCGCAAUGAGCAACAUUCUGAUGCAACAGCAGGAAUAAGUGUUCUCAUUGAUAAAUCCUUAAUAAUUGAAUGCCAAAACAAAUUGUCCAUGCAUGCUUUACUACGACAAAUGGGUAAGGCUAUUGUUUGUGAUAAAAACAAAGAACCUGGAAAACGUAGUAGACUGUGGAAUGCUAAAGAUGUUAGCUAUGUAUUGGAAAGAAGUACGGGAAGCUCUGAAAUUGAAGGCAUAUUAUUGAAUCUGUCUGAACUUAGAAAGGAUGUAAAAGUGAAGCCUACAGCAUUCUCAAAGAUGUACCAUCUACGAUUUCUUAGAAUGCAUUGUGACAACAGAUUUUGCAAUGGAGAAAUAUUCUACGAGAAAGUAGGAUGGCAUCCAUACGAUAGAGAAGUGCGCCAACAAAUAUAUCUUCCUUAUGAAGGUUUAGAGUUUCCUUCUGAUGAGCUGAGAUAUCUUCAGUGGGAUUUAUACCCUUUAAAAGAUUUUAUAUCAAAUUUUUGUCCAGAAAAUCUUGUUGAACUUGUUAUGCGUGAUAGCCAACUUGUGGAGCUACAUUGGAAUGAAAAUCAGCCCGUUGAGAAGUUGAAGAAGAUGGAUCUUAGUUAUUCUGAGCACCUUAUUCAAAUACCAAACUUGUGUGGGGCUAUAAAUCUUGAAAGUAUAAAUCUUCAAGGGUGUAUAAGUUUGGUUCAGAUUCCUUCGUGCUUUAAGAAUCUGGACAAGCUUGAGCUACUAGAUUUGAGUGAUUGUGAGAAUCUGAAAGAUGGCAUGGAAAAUCUUCCAUUGAAUAUAAGGCAGUUGAAAUUGUGUAGGACAGCAAUAGAAGUAUUGCCCUCAUCAGUUAGGUUUCUUUUGGGUCUAUUAGAUUUGGAUAUGAGUGCAUGCAAUAAACUGAAAUAUGGGAUAGAAAAUCUUCCAUCCAAUUUAAAGGUGUUAAGAUUGUGCAGGACAGCAAUACAAGUAGUGCCAUCAUCAAUUGGGUGUCUCAUGGGUCUCUCACAUUUAGAUUUGUAUAAUUGCGAAAAACUUGAAAGUCUACCAAAAAGCAUUUGGACGUUAAAAUCACUGGAAUGGCUGGAUCUUUCUAAUUGCCCAAAUCUGAUCGAGCUUGAGGGUUGUAGAAGUUCGUCCCUUCGAUAUUUGAAAAUAAGUGGUUGUACGGGAUUGAGAUCAAUAAUUGUGCUUCCACCAUCUUUAAAUUGUUUGGAUGCAAAUAAUUGCACAUCGCUGGAGAAAAUAUCAUUUUGGUGGACCCCAACCGUACAAGAUUAUGACCCCCAAGUUCAACAUCAAAAUAAUAAAAGUGAAGGGGAAAUUUAUAAUUUUCAGCAAUGCCUAAAAUUGGGUCACGACACAUGUAUCAACGUUAUUGAGGAUGGUGCACGCCGUAGAAUUUUGUCCGCUCAGGAUGAUAUUCCAUAUCUUGAAAUGGUGUACCCAGGAAAUGUAAUCCCACUGUGGCUCAAGCAUCAAGCUUAUGGGAAAUCAUUUAUCCAGCUUCCUCCAAAUUGGCUUAAUACUUAUGAUUCCCGCUUCAAAUUUGUCUUUAGUGCUGUUUUUGCGUUUAAAAUUUCUGGGCCAGAAACUAAAAUCCGAUUCAGAUUCAAUUUCACGACCAGCAUGGACAGUAGUGUCGGCGGUUCUUUCAAUUAUGAAGAUGCUUGCACGCUUCAAGUAAAUAACAACUCAGCUCAUGUCUUAAUUAGGUAUGCGACUAUCGAUUUGAGACAUGUAUUUGGGGUAAACUGGUCCUCUGUUUGUAGAAUGGUCACCGGGGCUUCUUUCCAUGUUUUUAUGGAGGAAGACAAAAAAGGCAAUGGGAAGAUCAAAAGUUGUGGGCUCCAGGUUCAAAACUUCACUGCUUCACGGGGUUUGCGGUUAUGAGACUUGUCUGCUUCACCAUCGUCAUCUUCUACUCGUCAAAAAAGCUAUGACGUGUUUCUCGGCUUCGGAGGUGACAAUACCCUUAAUGAUUUUAUUGGACAUGUUUAUCAUGCUUUGUGUCGCAAGUGUAUCCGGAUCUUCAAACAUGAUGAAAACCUAGAAAGUGGCCAUGAGAUUUCAGAAAUUAUGGACGCCAUUAAGGAAUCUAAGGUUUGCAUGAUAGUUUUCUCCAAAGACUUUGCUUCUUCGACAUGGUGUUUGGAUGAGGUGGUUCACAUACUUGAUUGCAGGAGAGAUUGGGAAGAUGUCAUACUACCCAUUUUUUAUGGCAUAGAACCAUCCAUUGUACGCAAACAGGAUGGGAGUUAUGCGGAAGCAUUUAAUAAACAUGAACAGCGCUUCAAGGACAAUAUGGACAGGGUGCAGCAAUGGAGGGAAGCUCUCAAGGAGGUGGCCAAUCUCAGCAGCUAUGAUUCAAAGAAUUUUGGGGACGAAUACGAGUUAAUUGGCCAAAUUGUUGGAGAUGUCUUGAUGAAAUUGUCUACAAGCUUAUCAACGUAUUAUUCCAACCUGGGCUUGGCCGGAACUCAAAUUCGGAUAAAAAAAAUAUUGAAGGAUUAUUAGGCAAUAUUGGCUAAAUGGAUGUUUGUACUGUUGGUCUUUAUGGAAUGAGGGGUAUUGGAAAGACAACCUUUGCUAUUAUUGUAUUUCUAGAGUUAUACCAUCAUUUCGAUAGGCAUUGCUUUCUUUGCAAUGAUAGAGAAGAAAUGCAUUUGAGGGAGAAACUUGUUUUGGAAUUGUUAAACGAAACACACAAUCCAAGCAUGGAAUGGCCAAGUAUUCAAGACAGACUCCGACGUACAAAGGUCCUUAUUGUCUUGAAUGAUUUGGAUGAUGCGACAUCCCAAUUUGGCAACUUAUUAUCUAUGAGAGAGUUUGGUAAUGGAAGUAGAAUCAUUGUAACGUCUAGAGAUGUGCAGGUGCUUAAGACAGUGACUGAUCAAGUUUAUAAGGUUGAGAGGUUAAAUGAUUUUGAAGCUCUUGAACUCUUCCACUUGCAUGUUUUUAAGCAAAAUUCUGAUAUUGUAAAAGAUUAUGCUACAUUAUCAUAAAAAAUGGCAAAUUACACCGAUGGUAAUCCAUUAGCUCCUAAAGUCUUGGGUUCUUCUCUUAGCUCCAAGAGCAUAAGAGAUUGGGAAAGUGCAUUGGAGGAGCUGCAAAGUGAACCAAACAAAGACAUUGAAAAAGUGUUGAGAAUAAGUUUGACCAAUAGGGGAAAAAGACAAAAAAGGCUACAUAGCCAUCCAGGAUGCAUUUCUUGACAUUGCAUGCUAUUUUUCAUGGUGAAGUUGAUAGAGAAUUUGUUGAAAGCAUAAUAGGUCGAGGAUAUUUCAUAUCUUGAAACAGUGUAUCCGGGAGAUGAGAUUCCAGAGUGGUUCAGCCAUAAAACGGAUCGUGGGAACUCAGUUGAUAUCCAGCUUCCUACAAAUUGGUUUAAUAUUAAUGAUUCCCGCUUUGAUUUUAUCUUUUACAUUGUUUUUGUGUAUAGUUGUUCUACAAAAGCUGAGACCCGAUUCGAAUUAAAUUUCAAAACCAACUACAUUAACAGUGAUGAUGACCGUGUUUAUAAUUAUGAUGGUGGUUGGUUGCCUCAUACUGGAAGUAAAGAUGAAGAUCACGUCUUAAUUAGGUGCAACGAGUCGAUUUGGAACGUGCAUUUGGGGCAAAGUGGUCCUCUAUUUGUAGCAACUUCACCCAAGUUUUCUAUCUGUGUGUUUAUCGAGGAAGAAGAUGUGAAAUGGGAGAUCAAAAAGUGUUGGUUUAAAUUGUUAAAUGGGCUGGGUGGAAGUAAAAGACGGUUGGAUGAUGAUCCUAACAUCAAACUCCAAGAAGAUAAAUUAAUUGAAAGUAUAUGCAAAUCAUACAUUCUAUUGAAGAAGAAUCUUGGAACACGGCGGACAGUUAGUUUUGAAUUGGAUGAUUUAUUUAGAUUAAUCUGAUUAUGUGAAGUUCAUAGAAAAACUUCAGCAGACCAAACACAUUGAUGGCUCCUAUUUUAGUUUAGGAUUUUCAAGAGGAUAUGGAAAUGCAAAUUUAUGGAAUAUCUAUGCUAUUGUACAAGUAGAAAAUUCAUGUGCUGCUUUUGUUGUCAUUUUUGUUUUUGGCUAUUUUAAUGGAGUUGGGAGAACACAUAUUGCAUCUCAAUGCUUUCUUAUACUAUUUAAUGGCCAUAUAUACAUUUGUUCUA